CUUCUCUCCUCGUUACCACCACCCUCCUCCUCUUCCUCCUCCCACCCCAUUUUCACGACAAUAGCAGCAUGCCUCGUGUCUACAAGCCCGGAAAGGUCGCCGUCGUGCUGCAGGGCCGUCAGGCUGGUCACAAGGUCGUCGUCAUCAAGCAGCUUGAUGACGGAACCAAGGAGCGCCCCUACCCCCACGCCAUCGUUGCCGGCAUUGAGCGCUACCCGCUGAAGGUCACCAAGUCGAUGGGUGCCAAGAAGCUUGCUAAGCGCAGCAAGGUCAAGCCUUUCAUCAAGGUCAUCAACUACAACCACCUCAUGCCCACCCGUUACGCCAUGGAGCUCGAGGGCCUCAAGGGCGCCGUAUCAAACGACACCUUCAAGGAGCCUUCGCAGCGUGAGGACGCCAAGAAGGUCAUCAAGAAGCUCUUCGAGGAGCGAUACGCUUCGGGCAAGAACGCUUGGAUCUUCAGGCCUCUCAGGGUCUAAGCGUCUUCAGCAGGACGAUGUCUGGUCUGUCGCGCCUUGUACUUCUUACUUCUCUCGUUGUCCAUCGACCCCUCCCUCGUCCUGAGAGCAUGCGACGAGUGGCGUAGACAAUGAAAGGCUCUCAUUCCAUCCAAGAUGAUGCAUGUGCACGGUUGUGGCUACGGGCGUCUACACUGCUCGUAGGGGCCAUUACGAACAGCAGAGCGAGCACGACGGGGUCGUGCGAAUGGCGAGCGG